AUGUCCAUUGGAAAGCUUCAGAAACUACGAAUACUUCAGGUACAUGAAAACCUCUUCUCCGGAGAAAUUCCGGACAUCUUUAGCAAUCUCACACAACUAUAUGAGCUAUAUAUGGGAUAUAACCAGUUAUCUGGUAGAAUUCCCAUGAGUAUAGCUACAUGCCAGCUGUUAGAGACAUUUUUUCUAGCUGGGACAGCGGUCAAUGGAAGCAUUCCAAAGGAAAUUUUUGAGCUUCCCCAGCUAAAAUUUUUUAUACUGGCGAAUAACACUUUAAGCGGUUCUCUGCCCUACGAAUUUGGCCAUUUGAGACAGUGUGAAAUCAUGGACAUUUCUGGAAACCAGCUAUCCGGAUAUAUUCCUGCAAUUACUGAGAGAUUCUCAAGUUUGCGCAGGCUCAACAUUGCAAGAAAUAAGAUAACUGGCUCAUUACCAAAGUCGCUGGAAUAUCUAGCGGCACUGGAGAGCUUGGAUCUUUCUUCCAACAAUCUCUCAGGCCUAAUCCCCAAAGACUUUGAAGGAGAUGUACCGAAAAAUGGUGUCUUUGCAAAAAUCAGAUGGGAUUCUCUCCAGGGAAACUCCAGGCUCUGUGCAUUUGACCAUGAUGCUGCCGAAAAGCUAAGAGUCAAUACUUGUGUCACAAAAAAGAAGUCAAAUUCUCAUUUAGUACUCAAAGUCACUAUUCCAAUUUCUGCUAUCAUUGUGCUUGUCUGUGCAUUGUGUUUAGUGUGGGCACUAAUCACCAAAAAGAAGAGCAAGAUAAUAAACAAUGGAACUUCUUCAUCUGUAGUCAAGGGUUUACCCCCAAGGCUAUCUUACUCAGAAAUCCAGCUUGGUACAAAUGGUUUUGCCACAGAAAAUUUGUUAGGAAAGGGAGCGUUUGGGUCUGUUUAUAGAGCUGUUUUCAGUAGUAGUGAGAAUGGAACCCAGACCACAGUUGCAGUGAAGGUUCUAGACUUGACACAAAGUAAAGCUUCCAAGAGUUUUGAUGCAGAAUGUGAAGCUCUAAGAAACAUCCGGCAUCGGAACCUUGUUAAGGUGAUCACUUCUUGCUCUAGCAUUGAUCACACAGGAGCUGCAUUCAAGGCUUUGGCUAUGAAAUUCAUGUCUAACGGUAACUUGGAUAAGUGGUUGUAUCCAGAGGAUGUUGAACGUGGAUCAACUCUGACAUUAACCCAGAGACUGAAUAUUUCCAUUGAUGUUGCUACUGCCUUAGAUUACCUACAUCAUGAUUGUGAUCCACCAGUAGUCCAUUGUGAUUUGAAACCCGGAAAUGUGCUUUUGGACGAAGAUAUGACUGCUCAUGUUGGAGAUUUUGGGUUAGCAAGGUUUCUCUCCCAUAAUUCAUCACAGAAUGAAAGCAGCACAAUUGGUCUAAAAGGCUCAAUUGGUUACAUUGCUCCAGAGUAUGGCUUGGGCGGAAAGGCUUCAACCAGUGGGGAUGUCUAUGGCUUUGGAAUACUGCUGCUUGAGAUGAUCAUUGCCAAGAAGCCCACAGAUAGGAUGUUCCAGGAAGGUUUAAGCCUAAACAAUUUCAUCUCUGAAGUGCACGAGAGUAAAAUCUUGGAUAUUGCUGAUCCAAGGCUUUUCAAGGAUUAUGAAUCUGUAACACGAAGCAGCAGUACUAGUUGUUCUAUUGGUGGAGAUAGCAGCAGCAGCAGCAGCGCCAGCAACAACAAUAACAACAACAUUACUUUAAGAAGUGAGGAGUGUGUGGCUGCAAUGGUGGGAGUUGGAUUAUCUUGUGCUGCUCAUUCAUCAAAAGAACGUUUUACUAUGAGAGAAGCCUUAUCCAAGUUGCAAGAGAUUAAAAGGAGUUUUUUUGGAUCUUGA